UUAUCCAUAGAACAUUUUGGUUACGAAAGGACAUAAAACUUUGUAGGGCCAUGAGCUUUGGCGGUGAAAAAAUGGUGCUCUAACUCCCGCCGGUUGUCUCUCUAAUCCUCACCGCCAUAGAAUAGCUGCGAAGACGAAGCCGAAACCAUGCUGCGUCUUCAAUGCCUUUCUUCUUCAUUGCUUCUGCCAUUAAUCCCCGAACUCUCGCCGGAAACCUCUUCGAACCGCCGACUAUGUCGCCUCAACUCCUUUCGCCCACUCCUCACUUUCACUACUGCACCAAAAUUUUCUCCAAAGUGCCAAUACUCCUGGAACACGCAGCAGCAUCAGGCGGCCUUCGAAUCGGGCUCUCCGACGGGUUCAUUUCCCUCACAAACUCGCGCCGGAGCUGCUGCAGCAUUGCCACCAAGGUUUUUUGUUGGUCAUUCAAUAUACAAAGGGAAGGCUGCUCUUACAGUUGAGCCUAGGCCACCAGAGUUCACACCUCUAGAUUCAGGGGCGUUCAAAAUAUCCAGGGAAGGAUUUGUAUUGCUUCAGUUUGCCCCUGCAGCUGGUGUUCGUCAAUAUGAUUGGAGCAGAAAACAGGUAUUCUCAUUAUCAGUGACAGAAUUGGGAAGUCUAGUUGCCCUGGGCCCACGUGAAUCUUGUGAACUCUUUCACGAUCCCUAUAAGGGAAAAAGUGAUGAAGGGAAGGUCAGAAAGAUACUGAAAGUGGAGCCUCUUCCGGAUGGUUCUGGCCGUUUUUUCAAUCUCAGCGUUCAGAACAAUCUAACCAACGUGGAUGAGAGCAUUUAUAUUCCCAUCACCAAAGCAGAGUAUACUGUACUUGUUGAGGCUUUUAAGUUUAUCUUGCCGCACCUUAUGGGUUGGCAUGCAAUUGCAAACAGCAUGACGAGAACAGAAGAUAACAGGCGAGCAAAUGAAGCGAAUCCCAGAUAUGGCCGUGACUUUGAAUGGAGCAGAUAGUCUCUAGCUGGACUAUUGUUGUUCUUGUAAUCUUUCCCAUUGCUAUUCACAAUUAUUUUUUUUGGCUAGUUUUAAAACUAUUAUUUUGGGAGUUUACCUUAGUUUUUGCAUUCAAA